UUAGUCUAGUCGGUGCUGUGGACGGUGCAAUAGAGAAAUUUCCAAAAAAAAAGAAAAAAUUCAAAUCGAAGCAAAAAAUAAAAAUUUCCAAGAAAAAAGUGCAAUGCAUAGAAAAUUCUAAAAUUUGAAAAUUGAAAUGGAAAAACAAUGAAAAUUAUUAAUUCGAUAUCGGAACGUUAUCUCGUACAAUCGCCAAGAAACGUUGCGUGUACACUUGCUUCGUUUCGAAAUCAAUAACCAAAAAACGAAAUUCUAUUUUUAUGAUCUCUUCUUGCUUUCUGGCGUACCGAAAAUCCUUAGUGUGAACCUAUCCGCCAACCUACCGACCGACCCAAACGAACAACUGAAACCUUAGUAAUGUAGACUCAAAAAAUAUUUUCUGCAACAAAAAGAAAAAAAAAACAGAAAAUAAAUUGGGAGACAUUUUCAAAUCAAAUACAAAUGCGAAAUGGAGCUACAAUCCUAUCCUGCAUCAACAAUCUAAGGAACUUUCUUCCUUACAACAAAUCCAACUUCCAUAAAAUAGAAUAUAAAAUACAUAUGUGUAUUGUAUAUAUAGUAUAUAUGUAAAAAAGCAACGAUUAGGUUAUCAUCUUAGAUUUACUCUUUAAAUAUAAAAAUUAGUUAGAUUUGAUUAUUCCACACAAUUUUCAUUUGAAUGGAAAAAGGCACAACUAUGAAACGGAAGCAGAGACGUUACAGAACCACAUUUAAUACAGUACAACUUCAGGAAUUGGAAAGAGCCUUCCAGCGCACCCACUAUCCAGAUGUCUUCUUUCGCGAGGAGCUGGCGGUGCGCAUUGAUUUGACCGAGGCCAGGGUCCAGGUGUGGUUUCAAAAUCGCCGGGCCAAGUGGCGUAAACAGGAGAAGGUGGACCUAAAGGAUGGUGAGGAGUUGGGUUCGCAGGGCCAGCCGUAUGAGGAUAAUGUUUUGGUGCCACUGGAUCACCAACUAGGUUCCACUUUAUUGCCCGAUACUCCACCCCAGUCCUCCAACUCCUUGGACAAUGAGGGUAAGACACCCUUUGGCAGUGAUGGCAGUGGUGGUGGAGGCUCCUCGGGCCUGGGCUGUGAUGGUGGCCUGACCACACCUUCUCGUAUGUCCCCCAAUAUUUUUCUCAAUCUCAACAUAGAUCACAUGGGCCUGGAGCGGGGUGGCAGUUUGUCCAUGGAAUGGUCUACCUAUCCACCCAACUCCAUGGGAGCCAAUAGUUUACAGGACAUGCCAUCCACCUCGAAUAAAUCACCGUCAUCACCUCAGCUGGGAUAUGAAAGCAAUACGUUACCUACCUCUUCAACGGCUGGACUGAUGAAAUCUGGGUCCAUGGAUCAGGAGGGCUCUCAGCAGCAGCAACAGCAUCAUCAUCAGCAACAAAAUCUGCAUCAUUUAUCGCACAGCAAUACAAACCACCACCACCUCCAGCAGCAUAACCAGGAGCAACAGAAUACUCACCACCACCACCUCACCCAUCAUACGGACCAGGACCCCGUAGCCAAUGGCCUCAUAACCGUCAACUGUUUGAAUACCUCAUUGGAUUUGGUCGACAACACCACCUCCACCUCAACCUAUGAUGAAAUGAAAUUCCUCAAUGUCGACCAAUACACCAUUGAACAGCUAAAGGCGGAAUGCAUACUCAACAUGGAUCAGACCCUUUCGCUGGGCGAUGAGGCCACCGAUGUGGAGGAUAAAUCUUCCACAGGACAUCAUUUGAAUUUAUCCCACUAUUCCCAUCACGAUCAUCAUCAGCAGGCGCUGCAGGAUCAACAAUCUCUCAAUGACAGCCUUCAUAAUCCUCAUACUUCUGGGAUUUCACUAUUCAGUUUGGAUACAUCCUCACCCGAUCAGGAUCCAUAUAUUCUGUCGCAGAAUCACUUUGGCAACCAUCUGCAAUUGCCGGUAAAUUCCCAGCUCCUAAAUUCGGGAGAUUCGCUGCAACAACAUUUAAAUUCCCUGAAUUUAGAUCUACCGGUUUUUGGUCUGACAUCCAUGGUGGAUUCGAAGUCACCACCUCUGCUGGUGCUGGACAAACCCUUGUCGCUGAAUAUCAGUGUUGAUAAUAUCCACGAUUUGGUCGAUGAUAAGUACUGAAACGCAAUUCCA